UAGUAAAAACAUGGAAGAGGAGGAAGCCACUUCACAUGAUGAGAGUCAAGAGGAGACAACUGAAUGUGCAGGAUGCAUGAACAUCAUCGAUGAAGAUGAGUUCUUCUCAGCUCUAGGGCAAGACUGGCAUACAGAUUGUUUUAGGUGUAGUGCCUGUGAUGUAACCCUAAGCAGCUGGUACUUUGAAAAGGAUGGUCUACUCUUUUGUAAAAAUGAUUAUUGGAAGAAGUAUGGAGAGGCCUGCCAAGAUUGUGGCCAGAUUAUCACUGGUCCAGUCAUGGUGGCAGGAGACCACAAGUUCCACCCAGAAUGUUUCAUCUGUACAUCAUGCUCUGCGUUUAUUGGUGAUGGCGAGUCAUAUGCUCUUGUUGAGAGAUCUAAGUUAUACUGUGGACUGUGUUAUAAGAGACAGAUGCAACCAUUAAACAAGUCAUCAUCAUAUACAAAGAAACCUCACAGUAUCCAGCUUAUUGAGUUACCUGCCAAGUCUGAUAAUCAGCGUAGAAUCAAGCUUAGUGUUGACUCAAGAAAGGGCUUCCCUCUUGCAGGACUCAGUAAUUACAGAGGUCUACGCAUUGCAGAUGUUCCAUCACUCAAAGAAAGGUUACAACAGUUGGAUUCUGCAGCAGACUUAAUGUCUCUGCAUGUUGGAGAUCGAAUUCUUGAAGUGAAUGGAAGACCUGUUGAAGACCACUGUAUUGCUGAUAUUGAAAACCUUAUUACUUGCUCUCAGGAUGUGUUGCAGUUAACCAUUGAGCAUGAUCCAGAGCAGGUGUCGACAAGACGACAAAGUUUUCCCUUUGUGUCACCAUGUCGGAACGUCUCGCCCAUCCAUGACCAGCAACAGAAAGAAGGUUUGCGAGAGCGUCUAUUUAAGCGAAGGGAUGAAGGCUAUGUAUCCGGUACACAACGCAGUCGUCAGUUAAGACGUGGAAGAGGGUGCAAAGAGAGAGCAUCCUCCCUUCCUAAGUUAUUAGAUAAUGACUCUCCCCGUGAAUCUGGCUACUAUGAUCUGAGUAGAACUAAGUCAUUCCGUGUAGAACCAAAGAAUCAUCGAAUCUUCCGUGCAUCUGAUCUCACUCAGGGAGAACUUCUUGGUAAAGGUUUCUUUGGACAGGUUUAUAAAAUGACACAUUCAGAGACAGGUGAAGUUAUGGUUUUGAAGGAACUGUACAGAGUAGAUGAGCAAGCCCAGAAGAACUUCCUGAAAGAGGUUGCAGUUCUUAGAAGUUUGAGUCACAAGAAUGUCUUAAGAUUUAUUGGAGUCCUCUACAAGGACCGUAAACUUCACCUGCUCACCGAACACAUUGGUGGGGGAACCCUGAAGGAGAUUAUACACAACCUAGAAGAGUCUUUACCUUGGGAUCAACGAAUUAGUUUUGCGAAAGACAUAGCCUCAGGCAUGGCGUACCUACAUAAUUGUGAUAUUAUUCAUAGGGAUCUUAACUCCAAUAACUGCCUAGUCAGAGAAGAUAAGACGGUUGUAGUUGCAGACUUUGGAUUGGCGAGAAUUAUGCCUCAGAACAACUGGACUGCUGAGAGGAAAAAGUUUGGGAAAAAACAUGCGAGAAAGAAAAGAUAUACUGUUGUGGGUAACCCGUACUGGAUGGCCCCAGAAAUGAUGAAGGGAAAUAAAUAUGACGAGAAGGUGGACAUCUUCAGUUUUGGUAUUAUCUUAUGUGAGAUCAUUGGACGAGUGGAAGCUGAUCCUGAUUACAUGCCACGAUCCAUGGAUUUUGGCCUCAAUGAGACGGUGUUUUUUACCAAAUAUUGUGAAAACUGCCCUGAACCUUUCUACAAAAUUGCCUUUAUGUGUUGCAACAUAAAUCCUGACGAUAGACCAGCAUUUGAGGUACUGGAGGUUUGGUUGGAAGGAUUGGCAAUGCACUUUGCUGUUGGAGUUCCUGUCCCAGCCAACCUACUGGUCGACAUAUAUAACUUUGAUGGAAGAGGUCAAAGUAGUUCAUCUGAAGCAUCUACUCCAGAGGCCCCAACACCAGAUUCAAGACACCCUCCACCUCUCUUACGCACUAUAAGUGAAGGAACUUAUUCCACUAUUGAUAACUUAAGCCAUGAUUCCUCAUCAUCCUUUUCUGGAGUGGACCGAACAUGCUUUGAUUCUCAAGAGACACUUCUAAAUGACACAAGUUGGAAGUUAAGGAAGACCUUAGAUUUAGGUAAAUUAGAUAUUUUGAAACCAAGCUGGAGCCCCGGUAAUAAUGUAGCUAGAACAGAUUCUGUGAUUAAUAAUUCAAGUGUGAAAACUGAAGGAAGUUUAGAGCAAAAUUCCAUUCCAGAUACUCUUUCUUCUUUCUCUCGGUCAAAGGCCAGCAGCUUGGUGGGGGGGGAAGUAGAGUGUACACAACUAUGAUUUUUUUUUUUUUUUUUUAUUCAUUUAUAGUAAGAGGUAAGUUAUGUUUGCAAUAAUGUACAGGGAUAUUUGUUACAAGAGGUUAAUGAGUUUUCCUAUUGAAUUGCAUUGGAAAGUAUUUAACAAAAGAUUGGUACAAAGUUGACUUAUAGCAUUCCUUUUAUAGUGAUGUUAGAAAUACCUUUAUAGGUAGUGGAGUAGAAUUAUAAUGACUAAGCAGUUAUUAUUAUUAUAAAUAAUUUUUCGCUCAUGUUGUUUCCCUAUUUGUUGGAGAGCUACAGCAGAGCCUCUUCCUUGGACUGGUGAUAUCUCAUACCUGCAACAAACUGGAACCCAUCUUGGAGUUAGGUCUGCUCUCACUCUUGUUGAACUACAAGGUAAAAAAAUGUCAGAGGCAAAGAUGGCCUUUUAUCAAAGUUCCUGUUGCUCAUUUCUUUCCAAAACAUAGCAUAAUAGCGGACAAUAACAUUAUAUGCUUUACCAACAAAAGAACAUUUAUAUUUUUGGUGUGAUAUCUAAAUGCCGUUAUUUUCCUUAUUGUUAAUAAAGGUAAAAUAAUGUUUUGUCAGUGUGCCAACUAUAUUCCUCCACUAAACAGUUCCUUCUUCUACUUCCUCUUCUGAUAUAUUAUAUUUCAAUGUCUAAAUCAUAAAAAAAAUAAAUAAAUAAAAUAAUUUUGACAAUCAAAUCUGGCAAGUUGAUGAAACUAAGUUACUGAAAUGAGGCUUUGUUUGUUAAGAAUGUAAAUAAUAUUAAUAUGAUGUGGCAAACUAUUAUUAAAUGCAUUACAAUACAAGAGAUGUCAUCAGUUUAUAUUACAGAGACAGUGUAAUUAUCAGUAUACUUAUUUAUCAAUAAUGAUGUAAAAUUAGUAUGCUAUUAUUAGGCAGGCGAGAUAUAAAUAAUAUAGGGUAGAAUGACAAAAUAUUCAGUAACUAGUCUUUAAUAGUUUGAUGUUAAAACAAUAGACUAUGGUUAGAUGAUGGUUAUUAUGAAUUGAGUGAUUGUAUAUGGCACAUGAAAGCAUCCUUUGUGAUUGUUUAGUACAUUACAAUACAGUGAACUCUCGAAGAUCCGAACUAAAAGGGGGGGACCAACCUGUCCGGAAAAGCCAAUUGUCCGAAUUUUUCGGCGAAUAAUAAAUGAUCUGAGAAACACCAAAAAUACAGUACUAAUGUAGUGAUAAACAAAUUACUGUAUAUAAACCAUGUAUUUACCUAUGAUAACAUAAUAAGAAGCAUUGUAUCAUUACUAGAGCGAACGAAAUAAUAUUCCCACAAGCAACAAUUGUCAACUGUGUCUGUGUUUAUGUUUCCCACCUCCUCGGGCACCUGUGUCCAAGCAACUGACGGGUCAAGCAGCGCCCACGGGCCUAAAAUGUUGUUUGCUCUGGUUUGGGAAUGUUUCUUGGGAAAAUUUCUAGGAGGCUUCUCAGCCCAGAACCCCUAAAUUUUUUGUCCAGAUCUUCCGAAAUCCAGAUUUCCCGGGUCCAGAUCUUCGAGUGUUUACUGUAUGUUGUUAUAUUUGCAUUGGUUAAACUUGUAUAUGUCUUUGGGGAUGAAUGGAAUGUGACAUAGUGGUGGGCAAAACCAAACAUUGCUAGAUGAACCUGAAUUCUCCUUACUCUUGAAUAUGAAUGUUGUUGCCUCAUUAUGUUUAAGCCAGAACAAAGAAAUACGUAGUACACUUUUCACUAAGAGAAUUCUCAAUUUAAUGAGAAAUGUAAAUCAAAUUAGUUAAGGUUAAUCAGUGAUAAUAAUUUUGCCCAGGUUGAAAUAGAAUCUUGGAAAUGGUGAGUAAAUAUGUGCUUAAGCCUUUUCCUAUUCCAUUCCUUAGCAAGAAAGCUUAGAUGCGAGUGUUAAGGGAAAUUAUCAUAGUGUGACCAGCUUAAUAGCAAACAGUGCCCUGUCAAGUCUGUUAGGGACCUAGGAUUAAAUUUAAGUAUCCUUUCCUAUCCAGUGAAUUGAAAUGUGUAACAGAAAAAUAGUUUGUUAUUGUAAAUUAGAAUAGUAUAUUAUUUGUGUCCUGAAUUGUUAGGUUUCAUGGGCCUUAGCCCAUGUGAGAACAUUAGAAAGGGACAACAAUUAGAGUGAAUCUGGGCUGCUGCAACUCUAAGCACUGGAGAGAGUUUGUACAUCAAACUACUUAGUUAAAAGUACUGUAUCUUUAUCAUAACUUCUUUUGUUAUAGCGGGGAAGUUUCUAAAGUCUUCAUUUCAAAAGAAACUUGCUUGUAAUGGUCGAUGGAUAUUGACAGGAAUUACAGUUGAUGGUAAUGGCAGGAAUUGUGGAUCAUUUUGUAGCAGAUGUCUUAUCGAUGUUCUUAACCCCUUAUGUACGCUCGCUCGCACCCCCUCCCCCCUCCCCCAGGUGAAUAAAUCGUCUGUUAUUAGCCAAACAAAAUGUUAAAAUUGGCAUCCCUGUAGUGAAAGGGUUAAUGAGUGUGAUAGUUUAUUGGUUGAUAAUUAUAUUAGGUGUCCUAAUUAAUGAUUUUGAUAGUUGUCUUGAUUGAUAACUAUAGUAUUGGAGGUUUCAAAGUUUACGACUGCAGAAGUUUUCUUGAUUAAAGAUUUAACAAUAUCUUCACAAAUCACUCUUGAGUUAUAGUAGUUGUCAUACAUGGUUGAUGGUUAUGUUGUUUGAGGGUUGUAGUGAUAUACAGUAGUUGGUGGCUGGCACAGGUGUCAUGGUUGAUAAUUGUAACAUGGUUUGGUUGAUGGUUGUAGCACUUGUGAUUCAUUGGUAUAUUAAAGCAGAUGUCUCAGUUGAUAUACCGCAGCAGGUGUCUUGGUUGAUAUAGUAAAGCAGAUAUCUCAGUUGAUAAGCUACAGCAGAUGUCUGGGUUGAUAUACUGCAGCACAUGUCUCAGGUGAUACUCUGUAGCACAUGUCUCAGGUGAUACUCUGUAGCACAUGUCUCAGGUGAUAUACUACAGCACAUGCCUCAGGUUGAUAUACUGCAGCACACGUCUGCAGCAAAUGUCUCAGUUGAUAACCUGCAGCAGAUGUCCCUCUUGAUUAUGUUAUGGUGAUAUACAGUACAGUACUUGAGUGAGGGUUGUAUGGUGUUGUAUUAUUUAAUGUUUUGGUGCUGGUGGGGAAUUUGGCUCCUCUGCAGUGUAUUCAAAGUUAAAUUAUUAAUGAGUAUUAUGUAAAUUGUGUAAAUAUGAUGCUGAGAACCUUUUUUUUUUUGGAGACAACACCGACACCUGUAAAACCCCUUUUUAGUAGCUAUAAAGAAUAGAAGCAGAUCCUUAGUAGGUAUAGAGUUUUUAUGAUAGAUUAGAACUCUUGUUUACUUUUUCAUUUGUAAUGCUGUACAUUUAGCAGUGAUAUCAUCUUUGGUAAUAUGCUUUUGCUAACCUGGAAACAGGGAACACGGCAAAAAUAUGUGAAAUGAAGAACCUGGACAAAAAGUAUGAGAAAUAGAGUCACUUAGCCAGAAGAAAUGUGAAAUAGGGGUUACGGCUUUAAAAAAAUUAAACAAGGAACUUUUUUAAAUUCAACUUAACCCUUAAGUCCCGGGUGACGUUCCAGAACGUCCGUCCAGCGUGCCCCAGGUGACAUUCCAGAAUGCGCGCCUAUUCCCGCCACUGUUUAAAUGCCCAGCGUGGGUUAACAGGUUCCAGUGUGACUAUUUGCCUCUCACACCACUCACUCAGCCACAGGGAAACUUCCUGAACAUAAUUACCUACUUUUAUUUGUUUCAUUUUCAUUGUUUGUCCAUUUUAUCAUGUUGUGUCAAAGUAAUAUUGCUAAAAGUAGUGUAGUUGUAUUAUAGGGUAGUAUUACUGUAAAACAAUGCUGUGAUUAUGUUAUAAAUGUAUUUAUUUGUGGAAUUAUUAUUAUUUUAUGCACUUCUUGCUCUACCAAACACAAAAACAGCCAGGCAGACUGGCGACCGACUGGCGAGUGUUGCCAAGGACUUUUUUUAUGAAAAAUUAUGCAAAUAAAAUAUUCUAAAUGAAUUAUUUAUAGCAAAUAAGUAUUAAGAUCAGUAAAUACAUACAGUAUCGGCCACUUCGGACACAAAGGCGAGCUAAAAAUAGCUAAGUGCUUAGGGACCACGAGUGUCAGCUAUCAAACCAACACUGUCUCCUUAUCCCCCCCCCCCUCCUUCUGUGCAGUCAGGAAAGUUUCUAGAGCAUCAAUAUAUAGUUCUUACUUAAUUUUUAUUGUUUUAUUAUUUUAAAAGGUUAAAAAUUAUUUUUGGAAAAGUUUAUUUUUCUCGAUUUACCCCCGGGUGGGGAGGUACUGCCACCAGCACCCUAGUCCGGGGCUUAAGGGUUAACAAGGAACUAGGAAAAAAAUUAAAAAUAGGGAACUGGCAAAUGCAACAGAAUAGGGAAUUUGGUUUAAAUUAUGUCAGUUUUGAAACCCAGCCUCUAAAAGAAAGUGAAAUUGUGAAUGUGGCACAAAAAUUCAAUUUAGGGAAGCUAGCCAAGAAUAAAUUAAAGUAUGAGGAACCUGAGUUAGAAAGAAUAUGAAAUUAUGCAUUGUAACCUUAUGAUAAUAUCCAGAGGUACAGUCAACAACAAAAAUUUCUUCACCUUUAUGGUGUUAUACAAUAUGACACACCGAGUGAUUCCUGUUAAUUUCCCUGUAUUAACUAUAUGUGAUUUAAAAAAACAAAAACAUACCGGUUAUACAAUGCAUCACACAACCAGAAAUACCAACUUUACCAAAUUAACAUGGCCUCAGUCAGUGAUCGUUGCAGAGGCCAUUAGACCAAGGGGUGCAGAAUUUUUUUUUGCUGACUACAGCAGUAUUGGAAAUAAUAACAUCUUAAUCAUUUUCUUUCUGUACUGUAUAUAUCAAACUUAAGUCCAUUCGAUAUAUAUACGUACAUUACAAAUUGUGACAUCGUCAGUUGUGUGCCAAUUUCUAAAGUUAUCAAUUCACUGCCCUGUGUAUCAGUAUUAUUGGAAAAGUUUUACUGAUGACUGGGAUGGCCUUUUUUACAUUUAAUACCAAGCUUUACAUGCAUGCCAUUGUAAGGCAUAUACGUAGUGUUCAGGUUGCCAAGCCCAGAGAUCAAAUCUUAUUUUUUAUGACUCCAAUAUAAUUCAUCAUCAUCGUUGUUUUCUGGCCAUUUUCCCUGCUUUAGGAUUUAGCCAUGGUUACCUGAUAGCAGCUCUCACCCAGCUGCACAGGCUUUGGCAGUUAUUUCUGAAAAUUAUUAGUGUACCAAGGCAGUAAUUUUAUUAACAAAAUUAAUCGUGUAGGAGAAAAUAUGGGUAAAAGAAACGGACAUACAAGCAGUUGAUGUGAUAAAUUAAAACGUGAGAUGUGUAUGUAAAUACAGCUAGAUUCGUGGAUGGAAAAAUUUGUAAUACAGUAUAAAAACCUUUAAGUAUUCAAUUUAGGACUCCUACAUACUGUAGUACUGUACAAUAGCUUUAGUUUUACCUAGGAUCCAUGAGAUAUUUGUGGGUCAUGUGAUAAAUAAAUCAUUACACAAAUGUGCUCAAGGAAGAUAGUCUUACUGAAAAAAAUUUUCAAGUUAUCUUUUAAACUUACUGUAAUCAACAUCUAUAUCAUAUUUUGAUAUGCAGCACAUGAUUCAAACUGGAGAGCUCUGCAUUCAAUCACUGGAAUUUUCAUAAAAGGUUUCUCUUAUGCAGAGCUUUCCUAGAUGUUGAAAGUACUGUACAGUACAGUACUAGAUAAAAAAAAUUUAAGUUUCAUAAUUAGGAUGUUAAGGUCUUAAUGCAUAUUUUUUUGUGUUAUAAUUUGAGGAUAAAAGGUAUAAAAGCAACAUUGUGUAAGCCUGAAACUUUAGUAAAAGCUGAUAAAGUUGUGCAAAAAGUAAUUUGCACAAAAUAUGACUUGUUAUUUUGCAAUUUUUUUAGCAUAUUGAGCAACUUAGACGCAUUUACUUCACUCCAGAACUACCUCCUAUUCAAUAAGUAAUUUGCAGAGUACAUGAACGUGUUGCAUGUACUUAAAUACACAUCUUUUAACAUUUUGAUGAUAGAUAUUACUUCAAUGUACAGUAUUUUCAUCCUACCAUUUUACUGCUCAGUAUUUUUCCUUCCCAUUUAUUAUUACCUGAUAAUUAGUAUUGAGGCCCAGUAGGAUUAGUAUCCAUUAGAACUAGACCCCAAUCCUAAUUGUUAGAGUAAGUUUGGGACCUUUUAAAACUGGAGUUCAUUUGACCAGUCAUCUAACAGAUUAAUUUGCAUAUUUUAUGGAGUAGGAUCAGACACAGAGUUAAGUGAACAAAUAUUUGGAAGGUUAUGAUUUUUUUCUCAUUUAACAUUAAUAAAUAAAACAGAGAAAUUAUAGAAAUAACAGCACUAAAAUAUGCGCCAGAAAUUUUUAUCUGUAUACUGUAUCCCAAAUUUCUUUAGUGAUAAAUCUUAAUGGCUCAGAAAAAACCCAAACCAUCUUAUGUUAACCAGAAUUGGUGCCUAUCACUCUUAUGAUUAUAUAGCAACAUGAGUUCUCAGUCUUGAUAUAAGAUGGACAAUAGAUAAAGUAAGAUAAAAUUUUAAAGAUAAAAUUCUCCACUUAGAUUAUUGAAUUGUUUUUCAAUUACUGUACUACACGGCCAUUUGUCAGAGAGACUUUUUGUUGUGGAAUAUGUUUUUAUCAUUAUUUUCAUAAUCUAAUUGGCCUUUGUAUAUUAAAGACAGCUAUCAAGUAUACUUUGUGACACUUGGUUUAUCAAUUGCAAGAUAAAUAAAGAUGUAUUUUUAAUAAAACAUCUUACAGAUAAGAAAACUCAGCUAAGGCACUUCUGUGCAAUUAUCUCAAAUGCAAGUUGUUAAAUGCCUUGUUGGACUUUUAUUAUUGCAAAUUUCUAAAUUCAUUUAUUUAAUUUUAUGUCCAUAUUCACUGUGUAAUUUUUUAUAUUAUAUCAUCACAUUUGUUGGGAAAUACCAAUUGAGCACAAUCUGCUAAGAGACCACUUUUUGGGGCAUAACCAGUAAAGAAACAACAAAGACUGUACAGUAUAGUCUCGAUUUACGUGGAUUUGGUUUACGCGUUUGGUCAUUUACGCGGCACCUUGCCAGACCGACAAUUUUUAUUUACAUGGUUCAUUCCAUCAUUCACGCGGGAAGCGG